AUGACAGACAGAGAACACCUGAUGAAUCACCCACAAAGAUGCCACGUUGUGGAUGAGAACAUCUCUGCAUCUGUGGUUUGCCCAAAGGGCUGGGUGGAGCCAACCUUCACACUCGCUGCCAAAGCUCGAGUUGUCAUCACAGGCUGCUUCUUCAUCAUUGCAGCAUGCAGCAACCUUGCUGUCUUGUACAGCGUCACGAGGAAGAGACGGAAGUCCCACGUCCAGCUGCUCAUCCUGAGCUUGACAGUGGCCGACUUGCUGGUCACAAUGACCGUCAUGCCCCUGGACGCUGUAUGGAACAUCACGGUCCAGUGGUACGCUGGCGAUGCCCUGUGCAGGUUCCUGAACUUCCUCAAGCUCUUUGCCAUGUACUCGGCCGCCCUGGUGCUGGUGGUGAUCAGCUUGGACCGGCACUCUGCCAUCCUGCACCCCUUUUCGUUUGCUAACUCCAGCCGCCGCAACCGGAUCAUGCUCUCUGUCGCGUGGAUCCUCAGCAUCCUGCUGGCCGCUCCCCAGGUACGAAUCCGUUAGGACAGAAGGCUCGUUUAGGGAGGUGCACAUAUUGUAAGGUAAAGGUAACGGGACCCUUGACCAUUAGGUCCAGCCGCGGAUGACUCUGGGGUUGCGGCGCUCAUCUUGCUUUACUGGACGAGGGAGCCGGCGUACAGUUUCCGGGUCAUGUGGCCAGCAUGACUAAGCCGCUUCUGGCGAACCAGAGCAGUACAUGGAAACGCCAUUUACCUUCCCGCCAGAGUGGUACCUAUUUAUCUACUUGCACUUUGACCUGCUUUUGAACUGAUAGGUGGGCAGGAGCUGGGACCGAGCAACGGGAGCUCACCCCAUCACAGGGAUUCAAACCGCUGACCUUCUGAAUGGCAAGCCCUAGGCUCUGCGGUUUAGACCACAGCGCCACCCGUGUCUCGCACAUAUUGUACAUAGCCACAAAACAGUAAUGGAAUACAAUGAGAAAUACAAAACCAAACAAUAACAAGCAUCUCCCUCCCUCCCCACAAUGCCAGAACCCAAAUAAGAGAUUGCAUACAUUCCGGUGCAUCGCCACAGUUGCCUAUUUAAUUCACUUCCCAUGUCAUUCUUGCAGGGACCUUACAGAGUAUUUUGUCAGGGCAAUGUCACUAUUUUCAUUGGCCAGGAUAAUGAAGGACAACAUUCAGAGCAGAAAUAUAAUCGCGACACCCGAAAGAUAUCAGGCUUGUUCAUGCACUGCGCAGAACACAAGUACAAGCUCUCUGUACACGUGUACAAGCGUUUGUGCGACAGAGCGUACACUUAUUGAUUUUUCAAUUUUUCAUCUCUGUUAGUGUGUACGCAGGUACACAGAUUGCACACUGAGUGCACAGCUCAAGGAUUUGUGUAGAGAGGUACACACAGAGAUUGUGCACUUGUAGAACAUAAUGUGUGAACACUCCAUAAAAGCAGCCUCAUGGGGAACAGCUUCCUUAGAUACAUGAUUUCUGAAUCAUGCAGUGUUUGAGCAUGAAGGCUGAAACGGAGAAUGCUGGCAUUUAUAAUGUCAUUAUUACUAAUUUCAUCCUUCUGACCUUUUCCCAUCCUGCAUUUAUUUGGGGGCGGGGAGGGAGAAGCAGGGAAACUGAUGCCUUGUUUUACGGUGGGUUAUUUUAGCUGCCUAAAUGUAUUUGUGUGUGUGUGUGUCAUUAUGCAGUAUUUAAAAGCCUUUAUGUAUUUCAAAUCUCAGAGUAUUUCAAAUCUCAGAGUGCUGCAUAUAUGUACAUAAAUAACAAUGCAUUGAUAAUUAAUAUAAUAACAAACCAAUAUAUGUGUGUAAAUUAAGUGUGUAUACUAUUAGACUGUUUUACUUUUCCAUUUCAGCUCUUCCUUUUCCACCUGUACACCAUCCCGGGCGUCAAUUUCACCCAGUGUGUGACGCAUGGGAGUUUCAGAGAGCACUGGCAGGAGACCACCUACAACAUGUUCACUUUCACCACCCUCUAUGUCACCCCGCUGACCGUGAUGGUUGUCUGUUAUGUCCGCAUCUUAUUUGAGAUCAGCAAGCAGCUGAAAAUUAACAAAGGUGAGUUGGCCUCCCCUCAACUGCAUUGGGUGGGAACAAUGAGAUGCCCUUCGGCAUUGUGUUUUUCCAGUUUCUCGAAAAGUUUCUCUUCUCCUGAAAAACAGCCUUCCAUUUUUCUGCCUUGUUCUCAGGGUUUGUCACUGACCUUAUUACUACGAAAUGGCUGAGGAUUGUGCCUGUAUUACUACUACUACUAUUACUUCUUCCCCUGCCCCCUAUUAUUACUAUUACCCCCCGUGAUUUAUUAAUCGCUUUCUGAGCAAUUGUCUCAAGGCGGUUUGCACAUAUUUAAAUGCAGUUAAAAACACAAACACAGCAAAUACAUUUAUAACAACAGUAAACCCUAACAAGGUAGACACUUGAAGACCCAUUUCUCCAAUGGGAAAAGCUCUAUGGGCCCCUCCAGAUAGUCUUUAUUGCAAAUUCAUGAUGAUUUGUGCUCAUGUUGGUGUUGGGGGAGUUAUAUACAACCGUACUUCCGAUACUGUUUGCACCUGAAAAAGUUUCAGCUUUGUUUCCAAUCAGGGCACACCUCAUAACUUCCUGCAGAAAACCUGAAACUUUUCAUGCCACGAAUGUUCUGGUUUAAUGAAUUUUUUUGUCCCACUUUUGGUGAGCUAUAGCGCAGGAUGGCAAUAAUAUGGUAAUGUUGGGGAAGCGUCACACAGCAACUAAUAAAGCAGAUUGGUGUGUGGAUUGUCCAGUAUAAACCCACCAUUAAUGCACUAGUAUUGCCUUGAUGACAUGUUACAGGAAUAGGGUUGCCAGACCUCUGGGACUAACCUCAACUCAGGUUUGCCUGGCCCCCUCCAGGGAGGGCGUGAAUAUCCAGGUGACUGGGAGUGCCUUUAGUUUUAUUCUUAAGACUAUGUCUGCAUCUUGUAAGCUUCAGUCCAGCAGGAGCAGCCCGGAAAGUAUUGCACAACUACCUGGAGGGAUCUGCCCGCCUCCUCUCCUUCCGCCCCUCUCCCAAUUAACCUCCAUUUCCAGAGUUCAGUGGCGGAAGGGAGCACAGAGGAAGAAUCACCAGGGGCUGCCCCUGAAGCUCAGGUUUGGCCCCUGUAAUUUCAGGGUCUGGGAUGCUCCCGGCCUGGCAACCCUAUACAGUAGUGGUUUUUAACCAGUGUGCUGUGGCACCCUGGGGUGCUUUGAAUGAUGGUCAGGGGUGCCGCAGGCAACCCUGGCCUCUGUCCUUCUUUCCUUCCCUCCCUCCUCUGAUGCCCGCAUGCAUCUCUGCCUCCCAAAGGCUUGUGUAGCUGUUUGUUACAACAGCCCUGGCUACAAGCUCCCCAGGUGAAUGGUGCCUGUGGGGCUGGACCAGGGGCUUCACCUUUGGUUAGUCUCCGUCAGGCUGCUAAAGCUAGGGGCAUCCUCUUCCUAGGGCCCUGUGGGGUGGCGGCUCAGAGACCAGGGGCAGUGGUGGCAGCUGCCGGGAGGACUCCCAAGGAGAGGAGACGAGACUGAGGGAACACUCCACAAGGGAGGGUGUUCGAAAAGGGGUGAGGGACUGCUGGCUCUGCAGGUGAGGAGUAGGGUUGCCAUAUUUCAAAAAGUAAAAUUCCUGACACCCACAAAGUUGGGUUUUUUUACAUCGCAUUGCAAUACAUCCGGGUUUUCCCUGACAUUUUGCCGAUUCAGCAAAAUUCCCCCGACGCCAUUUUUACACCCGAAAACCAGGACAUGUCAGGAAUUUUCCUGACGUAUGGCAAGCCUAGCAAGGGGUGACAUAAGUGGGCUUCUGAGGCUCAGAGCGUGUUUCCCCACAGGGGAGCCGCAGAAAGAAUGUAGUUGGUCAAGGGAGCCAUGGACUCAAAAAGGUUGAAAACCUCUGCUAUACAGAAUACAACUGCAAAGCAACAACGCCAUCAUCACCUGUCCAGAGGGGCCCUGUCUAGUUUUUAUCUGCCCCACCUGCUCUUGGAUUACUCCAGCCCAGAGUGAGGCCUACAUUUCAUUCAAAAGAGGGCAACCUUUUGUCCCACAACUGACUCCUUUGAGCCUCUCCCACAGGUCUCGCCAGAGGGAAGGACGACCACAUCUCCAAGGCCAGAAUGAAGACACUCCGAAUGACGGUUGUGAUUGUGGCUUCUUUCAUCGUUUGCUGGACCCCUUAUUACCUCUUGGGCUUGUGGUACUGGUUCCAGCCUGACAUGAUCCGCAGAAUGCCGGAGUACAUCAACCACUUCCUCUUCCUCUUCGGCCUGCUGCACACUUGUACGGAUCCCAUCGUCUACGGCCUUUACACCCCGUCCUUUCGAGAGGACAUGAAACUGUGCAUCAGGAACCUGAAAGCGACGGUGGCCCACCAGGAGAAAAAACUUGCAUCUGUUUCAGAGAUGAACCAUAAAGACUCUCAUGACCAGGGUCAGGUGCCGUCAAGUGUUUCCAACGGAGGGACUAUGCACACUGUGUUCUAG